UGAGGGUGUGCGAGAAGGUCCCGAGUGGCCGGGGGUGGCUGGGAGAGGUGGCUGGGAGAGAUGGCCCUUGGGAGGAAGUUUUUGGAGAAAUCCUAGAGCAUCGCGGUGCUUGGGUGUUCGUCCCUGCCUUGUAGAUAGGAGAAGUGCGAGUUAAAUAUAUAUAUAUACACAAAAUCAGAAUGUAUUUCAAAUAAAGGGCCAGUUCUUCAAAACCAGCCACUCGGACGCUCGGCCAGGAGUGCGUUAGUGCCUGAAGAUGUCCUGGAGGUGCCUCGUGGCCCCAGCCACACGUUUGAGGUUGUCAGUGGUGGGGACUUGUUGGUGAUGCUGACGCUGAAUUAUUCAUAUAGGAGCUGAAAACAUCCCCAGCUUCUGUCAUCUCUGGGCUGCUGGAGGGCACAAUGAAAGUGGCUUUUUCUAGAAUUAUUCUGACUUGAUGGCGGUUUCCUAGAAACAUGAUUGCUUGCUGGUCUUGAUCUCACAGCUUUGUGAAGACUUCUUCUCUGAUAAUGUCAAGUUCAGGCUACCCUCCUAACCAAGGAGCAUUCAGCACAGAACAGAGUCGUUACCCUACUCACUCUGUCCAGUACACCUUCCCCAGCACCCGGCACCAGCAGGAGUUUGCAGUUCCCGAUUACCGAUCCUCUCACCUGGAGGUCAGUCAGGCAACCCAGCUCCUGCAGCAGCAGCAGCAGCAGCUUCGGCGCAGGCCCUCCUUGCUCUCUGAAUUUCACCCGGGCUCUGACAGGCCUCAGGAAAGGAGAACUGGAUAUGAACAGCAAUUCCAUCCAGGUCCAUCUCAGACAGAUCAUGAUUCACUGGAAUCUAAGCGACCACGUCUUGAACAAGUCUCUGAUUCCCAUUUUCAGCGUGUCAGUGCAGCUACUGUCUUGCCUUUAGUACAUCCUCUGCAGGAAGGGUUGAGAUCUGCAGAUAUUAAGAAGGACACAGCUUUUGGAGGAAAGCAUGAGGGACCAUCUUCGCCAAUUUCUGGUCAGCCUUGUGGGGAGGACCAAAAUGCUUCACCUUCAAAGCUGUCAAAGGAAGAACUGAUACAGAGCAUGGACCGUGUAGAUCGCGAAAUUGCCAAAGUUGAACAGCAAAUCCUUAAACUGAAGAAAAAGCAACAACAACUUGAAGAAGAAGCUGCUAAGCCUCCAGAGCCAGAGAGGCCUGUCUCCCCUCCUCCAGUGGAACAGAAGCACCGCAGUAUUGUCCAGAUAAUUUACGAUGAGAAUCGGAAAAAGGCAGAAGAAGCUCACAAAAUUUUUGAAGGUCUUGGUCCAAAAGUUGAACUGCCCCUUUACAACCAGCCGUCAGACACGAAGGUCUACCAUGAGAACAUCAAAACAAACCAGGUGAUGAGGAAGAAGCUCAUACUGUUCUUUAAAAGAAGGAAUCAUGCAAGGAAACAACGGGAACAGAAAAUCUGUCAACGUUAUGAUCAGCUGAUGGAGGCAUGGGAGAAGAAAGUUGACAGGAUAGAAAAUAAUCCACGCAGGAAAGCCAAGGAGAGCAAAACCAGGGAAUACUAUGAAAAACAAUUUCCAGAAAUCCGGAAGCAAAGAGAACAGCAAGAACGAUUCCAAAGAGUUGGUCAAAGAGGGGCUGGACUUUCAGCAACUAUUGCUAGAAGUGAACAUGAGAUUUCUGAAAUCAUUGAUGGACUUUCUGAGCAGGAGAAUAAUGAGAAACAAAUGCGUCAGCUCUCGGUCAUUCCUCCCAUGAUGUUUGAUGCAGAACAAAGACGAGUGAAGUUUAUUAAUAUGAAUGGUCUGAUGGAGGAUCCCAUGAAAGUUUAUAAAGACAGACAGUUCAUGAAUGUCUGGACCGACCAUGAGAAAGAGAUUUUUAAGGAAAAGUUUGUCCAACAUCCCAAGAACUUUGGUCUAAUUGCUUCCUACCUGGAACGGAAGAAUGUUCCUGACUGUGUAUUAUAUUAUUAUUUGACUAAGAAAAAUGAAAAUUAUAAAGCCCUUGUGCGAAGGAAUUAUAGUAAACGCAGAGGAAGAAACCAGCAACAAAUUGCUCGUCCUUCUCAAGAAGAAAAGGUAGAAGAAAAAGUAGAAGAGGAAAAAGCAGACAAAGCAGAGAAAAAAGAGGAGGAAAAGAAAGAUGAGGAGGAAAAGGACGAGAAGGAGGAAUCUAAAGAGAACACCAAAGAAAAGGACAAAUCUGAAGCUGCAACAGAGGAAACAGAGGAGAGGGAGCAGGCCACUCCUCGGGGCCGAAAAACUGCCAAUAGCCAAGGUCGCCGUAAGGGCAGGAUCACCAGAUCUAUGACAAAUGAAGCUGCACAAGCAAGUGCUGCUGCAGCUGCAGCCACUGAAGAACCACCACCACCUCUUCCACCCCCACCAGAACCUUCUUCUGCAGAGCCUGUGGAGACAUCCCGCUGGACAGAGGAAGAGAUGGAAGUUGCUAAGAAAGGCCUGGUGGAACAUGGACGAAACUGGGCAGCAAUUGCCAAAAUGGUAGGGACAAAAAGUGAAGCUCAGUGUAAAAACUUCUACUUCAACUAUAAAAGGAGACACAAUCUGGACAGCCUCCUCCAACAGCACAAACAGAAGUCAUCACGGAGGCCCCGUGAGGAGCGAGAUGUGUCCCAGUGUGAGAGUGUGGCUUCGACUGUGUCAGCUCAGGAGGAUGAAGAUAUUGAGGCAUCUAAUGAAGAAGAGAAUCCAGAAGACAGUGAAGGUGCUGAAAAUAGUUCUGAUACAGAAAGUGCUCCAUCUCCAACUCCAGCAGAACCUGCAAAACCAAGUGAAGAAGCUCCCUCUGAGAGUGCUACUUCAAAAGUAAGCACUGAGGCUGCAGCAGAACAAGAACCUGCCAUGAAACCUGCAGCCAGCACAUCUCCCUCCUUAACAGCCCCAAGUGUAUCAACAGCUGAAAGUCAGAGUCAAAUCCCUGAGCCACAGGUUAAGGAAGAAAUAAAUAAUGAGGCAGAAGAGCCUAUGGAGGUUGACAGUAGAAGCCAUCCAGUUGAAGCUAAGCCUGUGAUCACUCUUCCAGUGCAUACCAAAGUAGAACCUGUAGAGACUGAAAUGAGGCUACCAGAGAAUAUUCAAGUGAAAAUAGAGAGUGAUACCAAAGAGAGAGAUACAGAGAAACCCAAGGAAAAGUCAGAACCAGAGGAAAUGGACUAUAGUCUGUCACAACAGGUUAAUACAACAAGACAAGAAUCCCAUUCAGAUAAUGACUCGAGUGCCACCUGUAGUGCUGAUGAGGAAGUUGAUGGAGAACCUGACAGACAAGGUAUCUUCAGCAGGGAGUCAAAGCCCUCCCUGUUAAAUCCCACUGGAUCAAUACUGGUGUCACCCACAAUAAAGCAAGGGCAGAUGGACCUGCAACAGCUGCACCACCGAGCUGCAGUCAUACCACCUAUGGUGUCCUGCAGCCCCUGCACUGUUCCCGUGGGCACCCCGGUGAGCGGCUACGCGCUCUACCAGCGGCACAUCAAAGCCAUGCACGAGUCGGCGCUGCUGGAGGAGCAACGCCAGAGGCAGGAGCAGCUGGACAUGGAGUAUCGAAGUGCUGUCAGCCCUUGUGGCACUUCCAAGAGCCCUAAUGUUGAGUGGGAAGGAAAACCAGUGGCCUACAUGCCCUAUGCUGAGGUCAAGCGAGCAAUGGAACAGGAAGCACAGGUGCAAAAUCCAGCAGCAAGGUCAGCAUCACCAUACAGGUUGUCUCCAAGAGAAGUCAAUAAAGCCUCUCCCCAGCCUGACAUGAAUGCAGCUCGCUACAGUGUCCCCCCAGUUCUCCAGCCAGCACCUCACCAAGUAAUAACCAAUAUACCUGAAGGAGUUCGCCUCCCAACAACCAGACCCACCAGACCACCACCACCACUCAUCCCAUCCUCCAAAACAAGUGUGCCAUCAGAAAAACCUUCCUUCAUCAUGGGAGGCUCCAUCUCACAAGGAACACCUGGCACUUACUUAACAUCCCAUAGUCAAGCUUCCUACACCCAAGAAGCUGCAAAGCCAUCAGUGGGUUCUAUAUCUCUUGGACUGCCAAGGCAGCAGGAAUCAGCCAAAUCUGCUUCCCUUCCCUAUAUCAAACAAGAAGAAUUCUCUCCUAGAAGUCAAAAUUCCCAACCUGAGGGUCUCUUGGGCAGGGCACAACAUGAAAGUGUGGUUCGAGGUACCACAACAAUACAGGAGGGCAGUAUAACACGAGGAACUCCAACCAAUAAAGUUUCUGUUGAGACCAUUCCUUCUUUGAGAGGCUCCAUAACUCAGGGUACUCCAGCUCUGUCCCAGUCUGGCAUAGCAGCUGAUGCAUUAUUGAAGGGAACUAUCACCCGCCUGGCUACGGAAGACAGCAGCCCAGAGAAGUGUCGAGAGGAAGCUUCAGCCAAAGGCCAUGUUAUUUAUGAAGGCAAAAGUGGGCAUAUUCUAUCUUACGAUACUAUUAAAAAUGUUCGUGAAGGAACAAGGAGCCCAAGAACUGCUCAUGAAAUGGGUUUAAAGAGAAGUUAUGAUACAAUGGAAGGGAAUAUAAAGCAAGGAAUGUCAAUGCGGGAGUCUCCAGUGUCUGCACCACUGGAAGGUUUAAUAUGCCGUGCACUGCCUCGGGGCAGCCCACAUGCUGAACUAAAAGAGAGAACUGUGUUGUCUGGCUCUAUAAUGCAAGGCACACCAAGAGCAACAGCUGAAAGUUUUGAAGAAGGCUUGAAAUACCCUAAACAGAUUAAGAGAGAAUCACCUCCCAUAAGGACGUUUGAAGGAGCCAUUACUAAGGGGAAACCAUACGAUGGAGUCACUACUAUAAAAGAAAUGGGUCGUUCCAUCCAUGAGAUCCCAAGGCAGGAUUUAUUAAGCCAGGAGAGUCGCAAAACUCCUGAAAUGGUGCAGACGACCAGGCCAAUCAUAGAAGGCUCCAUAUCUCAGGGCACACCCAUAAAAUAUGAAAGCAACUCUGGCCAGUCUGCCAUCAAACACAAUGUAAAAUCUUUAAUCACUGGACCAAGCAAGCUACCCCGUGGAAUGCCUCAGCUGGAAAUGGUGCCAGAAAAUGUGAAGGUGGUGGAGCGAGGAAAAUAUGAAGAUGUGAAGACCGGGGAUGCAGUACGUUCCCGUCACACGUCAGUAGUCAGCUCUGGUCCCUCUGUUCUCAGGUCAACUCUUCAUGAAACUCCCAAAUCACAGCUGAGCCCUGGGAUUUAUGAUGAUACCAAUGCUCGGAGGACACCUGUGAACUAUCAGAGUCCAAUGUCCAGGAGUUCACCUAUGAUGAAUAGAGUUAAUGAGGCUGGAAUAUCUUCUGGGAAGUCAGCAAAUCAUGAAAGGAAGAACACACUUACUCCAACACAGAGGGAGAACGUGCCAGCAAAAUCUCCAGUCCCAGGGGUUGAUCCUGUAGUGACUCACAGUCCUUUUGACCCUCAUCACAGAGGAGCAACUCCUGAAGUCUAUAGGAGUCACCUCCCUCCUCAUUUAGAUCCUGCUAUGCCAUUUCACAGGGCUCUGGAUCCUGCUGCUGCUGCUUACCUGUUCCAGAGGCAGGUCUCACCCACCCCAGGCUACCCAAGCCAGUAUCAGCUCUAUGCGAUGGAGAACACACGCCAGACAAUCCUCAAUGACUACAUUACCUCACAGCAGAUGCAAGUCAAUUUACGGCCUGAUGUCACCAGGGGGUUAUCUCCUAGAGAGCAGACUUUAGCUCUCCCGUAUGCAGGAGCACGAGGAAUUAUUGACUUGAACAAUAUGGCUCCCACUAUCUUAGUGCCUCAUCCUGGAGGAACAAGCACACCACCCAUGGAGAGAAUCACAUAUAUCCCUGGUACCCAGCUCACCUUCCCUCCCAGGCCUUACAAUCCUGCUUCUCUGUCACCAGGACACCCUGCACACCUGGCAGCUUCUGCAGCUGCAAAUGCUGAAAGGGAACGGGAAAGGGAGAGGGAGAAGGAACGGGAAAGGGAGAGGGAACGUGAGCGAGAGCGGGAAAGAGAACGAGAACGGGAGAGGGAGAGAAUCACUUCAGUCCCUGCUGAACUUUAUCUUCGACCAGGUACAGAGCAGCCUGGCAGACCUGGCAGUCAUGGAUAUGUUCGGUCCCCAUCCCCUUCAGUUAGGAGCCAGGAAAACAUACUGCAGCAAAGGCCUAGUAUUUUUCAAGGAACCAAUGGGACAAGUGUAAUCACACCUUUGGAUCCUGCUGCUCAGCUACGUAUCAUGCAGCUCACCCCUGGAGCUCCCUCUAUUACACAAGGGUUGCCAGCCUCCCGUUACAACACUGCUGCUGAUGCUCUUGCAGCACUGGUAGAUGCUGCAGCCUCUGCUCCUCAGAUGGAAGUUGCCAAAGCAAAAGAAAACAAGCAUGAAGGAACCAGGAUAGAAGAGAACAUGGGCCGCCGGUCAGCUGUGGUUACUGAGCAGCAACAGAUGGAACAGAAGACGCUGGAGGUAGAAAAGAGGCCUAUCCAGUGCCCCUAUACAUCUGCAAAUUUUUCUGCUGGCAAGUCCCAGGGACAGUCUUCAUCAGUAGUCUAUUCAGAGGCUGGGAAAGAGAAAGGACCUCCCCCUAAAUCCAGGUACGAGGAAGAGCUGAGAACUCGAGGGAAAACCACGAUUACUGCUGCUAACUUCAUCGAUGUGAUCAUCACCAGACAGAUUGCUUCAGACAAGGAUGCACGAGACAGGGGCUCCCAAAGUUCAGAUUCUUCCAGUAGCUUAUCCUCCCACCGCUAUGAAGCUCCUGGAGAUGCCAUUGAGGUGAUUAGCCCUGCAAAUUCACCUGUCCCUUCUCAAGAAAAGCUACAGCCCUAUCAACAGGAGACUCCUAAACCAAGCCAGGCAGAGAAUGACCCAAACAGGCAGUAUGAGGGGCCAAUUCACCGCUACAGGACACAGCAGGAACCCCCUUCACCCCAGCAACCACCACCUCCCUCUUCCCAAGCAGAAGGGAUGGCACAUGUGCCCAGGACCCAUCGACUCAUCACCCUGGCUGAUCACAUCUGUCAAAUUAUUACACAAGACUUUGCUAGAAACCAAGCAGCUUCUCAGGCCUCUUUGCAGCCUCCCACCACUACAUUCCAGAAUUCCACCCCUGCUCCUACACCUGUUUCUACCCGGGCAAAGACAUCGAAUCGCUACAGCCCUGAGUCCCAGUCCCAGCCCGUCCACCAUCAGCGCCCAGGUGCUCGAGUGUCACCUGAAAAUCUGUCUGACAAGUCCAGGGGAAGGCCUGGAAAAUCUCCAGAGAGGAGUCAUGUCUCUUCAGAGCCCUAUGAGCCAAUCUCACCACCUCAGGUCCCCGUUGUACAUGAGAAACAGGAAAAUGUUCUUUUGCUUUCCCAAAGAACUGAGCCUACUGAACAGAGGACUGACUCUCGCUCUCCAGGCAGUAUCAGUUACCUGCCUUCGUUUUUCACCAAACUUGAGAACACUUCACCAAUGGUCAAAUCCAAGAAACAGGAGAUAUUUCGGAAGCUGAACUCAUCAGGUGGAAGUGACUCUGACAUAGCAACUGCUCAGCCAGGGACUGAAAUAUUCAAUUUGCCAGCAGUCACUACCUCAGGUGCAGUCAGUUCUAGGGGUCAUUCCUUUGCAGAUCCUGCCAGUAAUCUGGGCCUGGAAGACAUUAUUAGGAAAGCACUGAUGGGAAACUUUGAUGACAAGAGUGAGGAGCACGGAGUUGUCAUGUCACAAUCGAUCGCGGUAGCGCCCGGCAGCUCCAGUGCUGCAGCACCAGCAAGUAAUGAGACACGUAGGGAAGAAGCUAAUCCAUCACCAAAUUCAGGAGGGGGAGUCAGCAAGCAGAAGCUCAUGGGCAAGUCAAAUAGUCGGAAGUCUAAGUCUCCGAUUCCCGGGCAGGGAUAUUUGGGAACUGAAAGACCUUCUUCUGUCUCAUCUGUCCAUUCAGAAGGGGACUACCACAGACAGACUCCAGUGUGGGCCUGGGAAGACAGGCCUUCAUCAACAGGUUCCACCCAGUUCCCGUACAACCCGCUGACCAUGCGGAUGCUGAGCAGCACCCCCCCGACCUCCAUCGCCCCGCCGGCCAUCAGCCAGCCCAGCACCCACCAACAGAACAGGAUAUGGGAGAGAGAGCCUGCACCACUGCUUUCAGCACAAUACGAGACUCUGUCUGACAGUGAUGACUGAACUAUGCAGAAUUUCAUUGUUUUUGUUGGUUGUUUUGUUUGUUCGUUUGUUUUGUUGUGGUUUGUUUUUUUUUUUUUUUAAUUUGCGGGUCAAAAAAAAAAUAUCUAUUUUUGACUUGUGCCCAGAGAGACUUUCCAAGAGAGCAAGGGCCACACAAUGAAGAAUUGAUGGAGAGUCCGUUAAAUGCCUUCUGCCCAGGCCAUAUGUUGGAGGAUCCUGAUGGAGAAGGUCGACUUACUAAAGAUAAAUAUGUAAAGAGUUUUUAAAAAUGUGGACUAUUCCUGUUCUACAUCUAUUUGUAAAGAAAACCAUAAUGUCUUUAAAUCGUUCUUCUGUAAAUAGAGAGUACUUUUUGCAGUGUUUUUUUCCCUUGCUAUAGUAUCUGGUGUACUUAUGUUCAAAUCAUUGCCUAAACUUUGGGGGUCAUUUUGUAAUUUUUGUUUUUUUAAGCAUUUUCUCCAGUGUAGAGUAUUCUUCAUAACCCUACCAGCCCAGCCUAACCAUAAUCCUAGCCUCCCAACCAGCCUAGCAUCAUUACCCAUUUAAUGCCAUGCCACUUCUUGCAGGCAUUGUGCUUUUAAAUCACUUUUUUCCCCUAGACACACAUUUCUCAGUGGUGUUCAAGCUCUUGUGAAAAUGUUGAUUUAUUAUUUUUUUCUUAAAGACUGAGCCCUUAAUGAAUUCUGUUCAUUAACAUAGUCCAGUUUGCUGGAAUAAGAUGAGAUAUUUCUUUGAAUUUUCCAUUCUGCCACAUUGUACAUUUUUGGUGCAGUUGGUUUUAUUUAGGAACACUGCAGAAAUAUUCUUGCAUGGGUAUGUGAUGGUUCAUUUUGAAAAGGGUAAGAGUAACAAAAAAGAACAGCUUCUGGAGGAAUACCUCACUGCUGAUGCACACUGGGAAUUUUAACUGUGCCCCAAAAGCUUAACUUAGUGUUUUCUGUUUCAGCAUUGGAUGCAGUCAAAACAGGCUACUCAAUUUUUCUGUUAUAUUUAACCACAGCAAAUGGCUUAUUUGAACAGAGGCUCUGGGUGGGUUGAUAAAUCCUUUAAGAAGAAAAACCUCUACAUCCCACAUUGAAAUAAAACAAAGUGCUUUUCUAGAAUAAGUGAGAAACACACGAGUCAACUACUUGGCUUCUGUUACAAACAGUUUGAAGUAGGUACUGUGAUUUUUACCUUCCUCCAGUCUGAUUUUAAAACCUUUCCGUAAUAAUUACUUUAAAGCCUGCAUCCCCAUCCCAGUCCCUAGCCCUCUAAGCAAGCUUUUGGUGGAAGUCCUUACAAAUGCUUGGCUUAACUCCUAAAGUGUGCAAUACUUGUUAGGGUGAUUAUAUAUAUUUUUUUAAUUGUAUAUGGUACUAGGAGUCUCCUUAAUCAUUCAUCUAUCAAUGCCUGCUAUGAUAUGCUUGUAGCUCAUGUAAACAUACAUCCAGUUAGUGAUAUCACAGGGUGUCCUGACAUCCCUCUUCAAGAGCAUCUUACUUUUUUUGCUGCACUGACUUCUGGAAGUGAAUUUAAAUCUUCCAGGGUAGAAGGACUGAUUUACAAAUAGCACUGAGCUGGGGGGUGGCACGUUCUGUCAGAUUCCAAACUGCUUUUUCAUCUCAUUGAUGAACACAGCCUUUGCCUUGAAGUUAUUUUCCAGCCAGAAUCUUUCAAAUUUAACACUCUUAUUUGCAAUAUGUUGUAUGGGAGGUAGCAUGCAGCUGUGUAACCUUAAGCCAUGUAAGCUCUGCAUCUCAUGGAAGGACUGUAACAGUCCAGUUACAAACAGGAAGAAGUACAGAACUAUUUAUUGAUAGCCAAUUUACUUCUGAGUGCUUCAGAGGAAAGCCUUUUUGCCCUAAGUGUGGGAAGGAAAAAAUCCAAAGGAACUCAUUGGGAUACUUGACACUGCAGGGCAAAUACAGAGUCAUUUUACUACUUUUUUUAAACACUGCAUCAGAAUAGAUCAGUUGGCAGUCUUAAAUCUCCUUUUCUCACCCUCCCAUCCUUUACCUUUCUGGCUUAAGUAGUGAAUUUUUCAUCCUGUUUGUAGACCUGUGUUCUUAUUUUAACUUUUUUGAUCCCACAGCAACCUAUACUGGAAAACAAGUUGAUCUGCCAUUUUUGUAGAUUGGAAUUUGGAGUGGAGAGUUAAGUUCCAUUCUAAAAACUCACUUGUUCUCAUUUUUCAAGUGUUACAAAUACAACGUGAAAGAGGCAUGUACAGACAAAUGUCUUUCCUAACUGUACAGUAAGUAUAGCAUGUUCAUUGCAAAGCUUCAUGUUACUGCUGCUGCAGCAGCAAGAUCUCCAAAGUAGGAUUAGUCACUUUCUCCUAUGAUACAGCUUGAGUGGCAUUUGCACAUAAAAUGUUGCUGCUUUUUUUGUUUGUUAUCAGAGUUCUAACUUCUCCAGUGUAAAAAAAAAAAAACAAAACAAAACCUCUCCAGAGCCUAAGGUAGGGUUUACCACAAUUCCAGUCAUCUUCAAGUAUGGAAUUACAUCUGACCUGUUUCAGACAGGAAGGUGUUUGUAAAUCAUGUUUACAAAGUGUAGUUUACUACAGAUUUUUAACUGAUUUCCCAAUGCUUUCAUCCUGCUAUGUUUUGUGAUUGACAUGAAAUCAUUUCAGACUUGAAAAACCCAUGCAUCAUACAACUCUUUUUUUUUUUUCCUUUUUUUUUUUUCCUCCACACAAUGUCUUCAGUAGACAGUGACUUCUGGAUUCAGACCAAUCAAUAAAGGGGAUCAGUUCUCCA